AAACAAAUUUUUAAUCAAGUAAAUAAAAAACAAGCAAAAAAAUCUUAAUUAAAAUUCCCGCCAGCGGGUUAAAUCACUGUGUACGUUCCUUAUGUCUGUGCCAAUAAAUGUGCGCGCUCGAUACGCGGUGGAACAUAGUAAUGAGUAAAAAAUUGUGUCUAAUAUUACCAAAUAUUUUUUACUACGUAUGUAUGUACAUACAUACAAUGCAGCAUAUGAAAGAUGACACAAUAAUUAAACCAAAGAUAAAAAACAAAUAUCAAUCAUUUGUGUACACUGAUAUGUAUAAUGUAUGUAUAUAUAAAAAUAGUACAUUGCUUUCAUUGAUGUGCCAUUGCCACUGGAACGUCGAAUCGCACACUUCAGCUGCCCAAAAACAGUACAGGCAAUAACAUUUGUGCGCGGUGUCGUCAUCAUAGUCAAACAAGACGGAAAAAUAAACAUUUAAUUCGCUGUAGUAAGAUAAAUACAUACGGCAACAUUAAAACCAACAACAACCACAGCAGCAAGUCAACUGAAAUACUGUAGGAAUGUGGCGCAGCACUCACGUCAACGUUGAUAUUACAAACAAUGCCGGGAGUGGCAAUGCUAAUUCUGGUGCUGGUGGAGGCGGAGGCGGAGGCGGCAUACAACGCAGCGCAUCAACACAAUUUAAUUCGAAUCAUCAUCAUCAUCACCAGCACCAGCAACAACAACAACCACAACAGCAUACACAUCAAUCACAUUACAACGAUGGCGCAACACCUGGCAGCGGUGCAACCUCAAAGCAAAUGUCCCAAUUGCAGCGCGAUCGUUUCGCUUCCCCGCAGGCCAUACUACAAGAUGCCAUUGCUGAAUCGAAGAUAAGUUUACAUGUGAAUUAUCGGCAUAACAGCAGCAACAACAGCAACAACAACAACAGUAGCAACAGCAAUAGCAACAACAAAUUGGAUCAUCAUAGCGGUGCCAUAUCCGUACAGCCACGCCCGCGUCCCGUCUCCAUGUACGAACAGUAUCGAUCACGCCCAUAUAGCGCCGUUUUGGAUUCUCCACCGCCGCCAGUAACGCCAACAGCAACAUCAGCAGCCAUGGCGCUUGGACGCAGUGAGAGUUUCUAUUUUGGUGAGAGCGCGCAAAAUGUGGCAGCAAUGCGACAGCAACUGCAAUUGCAACAACACAAGUCACAUCAACAGCAGCAACACUACACAAAGCAUGCGCAGGCGGCAGCGGCGGCGGCGGCGGCGGCGGUGGCAACUAGUGGAAAAUCGUCAGCGCGUCGUGCAAAUUUGCGGCAAAGCCCCAGCGAAUUGAAAGUCGAUCCUGAGCUUAUUUUCACGAAGCAAGAAAGAAUCGGGAAAGGUUCCUUCGGCGAAGUAUUCAAAGGCAUCGACAAUCGAUCGCAGCAGGUCGUGGCUAUAAAAAUAAUUGAUUUAGAAGAAGCGGAAGAUGAGAUCGAAGAUAUACAACAGGAAAUUAUGGUACUGUCACAAUGUGACUCGCCAUUCGUUACAAAAUACUACGGAUCGUAUCUAAAGGGAACAAAGCUAUGGAUAAUAAUGGAAUAUUUAGGUGGCGGUUCGGCGCUGGAUCUUAUGAAAGCUGGUUCUUUCGAGGAAAUGCACAUAGCAAUUAUAUUGCGUGAAGUAUUGAAGGGUCUGGACUAUCUACAUUCGGAGCGUAAACUGCAUCGAGACAUCAAAGCGGCCAAUGUAUUACUAAGCGAAAUGGGUGAUGUGAAGUUAGCAGAUUUCGGUGUGGCCGGACAGUUAACAAAUACAACGUCGAAGCGUAAUACAUUCGUAGGUACGCCAUUUUGGAUGGCACCCGAAGUGAUAAAACAGUCCAUGUACGAUUCAAAAGCGGACAUUUGGUCGCUGGGCAUCACAGCCAUUGAGUUGGCAAAGGGUGAACCACCCAAUUCGGAGCUGCAUCCAAUGAGGGUAUUGUUUUUGAUACCGAAAAAUAAUCCUCCGCAAUUAACAGGAAAUUAUACGAAAUCUUUUAAAGAUUUUGUGGAAGCGUGCCUUAAUAAGGAUCCUGAAAAUAGACCGACAGCCAAGGAACUAUUAAAAUAUCCUUUUAUCAAGAAAGCCAAGAAGAACUCGUACCUUAUCGACUUAAUCGAUCGCUACAAAAAAUGGAAACUCCAGAAGGGCGACGAAAGUGAAACGGAAUCAGAAAAUUCAGAUUCUGAUGAAUCGAAGCCUGGUGGCAAUAAUGACGAACCUUGGAUUAUGACCGUUAAAGGACUCAGUAUCAAUAAUGCAGCACGCGCGGAAUCGGUUGCUAACAGCAGCAGCUUUAAAGAUAUGGAACACCUAAAAAUGCCACAGAAAUUAUCACAAAGCAGUGGAGCAACGCCGAUUGCAAUUAAUGCAAUCAACAAACACUAUCCGGGUAGCGGUGCAACUACGGUGGCGUCAUCACCCUCAUCCACAUCGCUACAGCAACAGCAUCAGCAACUGCACGAUAAUAUGGCGGGUAGUCCGCCAGGUAUGCCAUCUGCUCUAUCAGCUACAACAUCUUCGUCCGCAGCUUCGCCACGUGAUAGUAACUUAAAUCAUUACAAACACACAGCGGCAGCGGCUGGUAUUAUACGCUCGUCCAGCUCUAAUAUAGCGCAUCAACCGCUUAGUCCAACACAGAAGCAAACAUCUGGCAGCCAAGAACUACUCUCAUCCUCGAGUGGUAACAAUUCGCCAAAUGCUGCGGAAGGUAUGAAGAAGAUCAGCAAUAGCAGCAGCAGCAAUGCGGUCUUCCAGGAGUCGUCGAAAUCGAACCUAAGGCAGAGCCGUUCCGCCUCGCUCGACGAAGAGCACGAUCAGCGGCGUUCAUCGCUCAUUGAGCAUGCCAAAAGCGAAGACCAACUGCGAGAGGAAGAUGCGCGCGCGCAGCGGCGUAGUAUGCAUGCGUCCGGCGCGUCAUCUAACUCAACGCCAAUGCUUAGCUCGAGUAGUGGCAAUUACAAUGGCAAUGCAGCGUUGUCGAAUAGCACGCAUGGCGAGCGCUCCUCGUAUGGUGUUACUUUAGAGCAGUCCGGAGCGUCUGCCUCGGCUACAUCGGUGGCGUCCAGUAAUUCCAAUCAUAAAAUGGGCGGCGGCGGCAACCGUGUGAUGCAAACGAAUAGCGCAUGUCUGAACAAUUUCCUCUUUCCAGUUCUGACGGAUAUUCAACGAAAGUAUGCCAAUUCAAGCAAAAAUUCAAACGUAACGGACAUUGGCGACUUGAAGUCAGUACUUGAAUUAGCUGAGCGUAGCAGUCCAGGCGUCAGUGAUUUGUUCCUCAAAGAAAUAAUUCACAAAUUAGUUCCAGGCUAUUCAGAGACGCGUAUCAACAACAUUAUGGACAGGGCUAUCAGAAAUAAGAAGUAAAAACGAACACAAUGGUACAUGGACUGAUUUUAAACAAAGCAGCAACAUUGAAAUAUCAACAGUUAUGAUAUUUAAAUAAUAUAAACACAUACUAUCAACCAGAUUGGAGAUUGGCACAUGUGCAUAUAGGUACAUACAUAGCAGAUAUUUAAGAUAUUGCGACAAGUGCGCAAUUAAUCAAUAACUCUUGAUAAGUAACUCCAUACCUACAUAAAUAAUUUAAAUUAUAUUUAAAAGAAAUUAAAAAACAAACACAACCAGCAGUGUACCAGCAAUAUUGUUUGUUAUGAUAGUGUAAUAUUUAUUGGAUUCCAAAUAAAUCGUUGUCACGCUGAAUGUGCCGCGACGAGCUGUUAGAUUCUCGUUUGAAGAUUAA